UCCUCCUCCCCCCACACCCCCAAUUUCUCUUUUUAUUUUCCCCCCUUCUUGUUUUAUUUUAUUUUUUUUUAAUUUACCUCCUCCUCCAACUCAUCGUCGUCGGCGUCGUCGGUCCCGGAGGCGAGGCGAAUUAGGGUUCCGGCGAGGGGGGACGGCGGCGCCGCCGAGCGCCGCCGCAAUGGCGUCCAAGGCCUCGUCGGCGUCGGCGUCGGAGUCGGCGUCGGGGAGCAAGUCGAAUCCCUCCGCCGGGCUCCUCCUCCAGGUUGCUGGGGACAAAGAAGGGAGUGAUCUGGAACAAAAUGCUUUAUCUAUAAUUGACACCAUGAAGAAGCAAGUUAUUGCCGACCGGUACACUUAUAUUAAGAAAAAGAUUGAAGAGAACAAGCAGAAACUCAGUACCUUUACACAACAUACUUACAAUUUGUCACAAACCAGGAGAAAUAAUACUGUAAAUAGUACUGACAUAGAUGUAAACUUGUUAACAAGAAGGCAAGACGACGCGCUGUGUACUCUGAAUAGUCUCGAACUAUCUGCCGGGGAGAAAGAUAGCACUAGUUGCCAAGAAGAAAGUUCGUAUACCUCGUCAGUUGUUCUUUUGGGCGGCAAUGUCGGAGGAAAGAAUGCGAUUCGACCGAUUAAAUUGCUAGAAGUGGCAAAACUUCCUCCGUACACCACAUGGAUUUUUUUGGAUAGAAAUCAAAGAAUGACUGAGGACCAAUCUGUUGUUGGCCGUAGGAGAAUCUACUACGAUCCAAAUUGUGGUGAAGCUUUAAUUUGCAGCGAUAGUGAGGAUGACGUAGUUGAUGAUGAAGAAGAAAAGAAAGAGUAUAGAGAUUCUGAUGACUAUAUUAUCCGGAUGACCAUUCAAGAAAGUGGAUUGUCUGAUACUGUGCUGGAUUUAUUGGCUAAGUGCUUUGAGAGGACUCCUGAUGAAAUAAAGGCAAGAUAUGAGAUCUUACUAAAAGAGAAAGCUGAGAAAUGUGUUAAAAAAGAAGCUGAAGUUGAUAAAAAAGCUGGCGAAGCAUUUCUUGAGAAGGACUUGGAUGCAGCACUGGAUUCUUUUGAUAACCUUUUCUGUCGGCGAUGUUUGGUCUUUGAUUGUAGAUUACAUGGAUGUUCCCAGGAUUUAGUGUUUCCUACAGAAAAACAACUACCUUGGCACAACUCAGAUGAGGACGUACCAUGUGGUGUUCAUUGUUACAAGGCCUCCAAGUCUGAAAAUGUUGGUGCAAUGGAUUCACAGGUGCCGCGUGCUUCUGAAGAGCCCACUAACUCAUCUGAUAGCACUAAAAACGAACAAUCACCUAAAAAGAAAAUGCAAAGCUCUUUGCUAGGAAGGAAAUCAAAAUCUCCACAAGGUGAUUCUGCUUCUUCAAAUGCAAGAGUCGCUUCAGAGAGCAGUGAGUCGGAAGUCCGUCCUUGUCAAGGUCUCAAAUCUUCUCCACUUUCUCCAUCAACCUCAAAAGGUAAGCUAGGUGGGAAAGGUGGAAUACGAAAAAGAAGCAACAAAAGAAUUGCAGAGAGGGUUCUUGUGUCCAUGCGGAAAAGACAAAAGAAAAUGGGAACAUCAAACUCUGAUUCGAUUAUUAGUGGCAGCUUUCAACCACGGGCUAUGAAGCUUAGAUCGGACACACGAGGUGGGAAUAAAGAUUCUAGUUCCUCCUCACAGCACAAAGUGCCGAGCACCAGGAGUUCUGGUCAAAAGGGUGCACCUCAGAAGGAAAAUGGUAAUUCCAUAUGUGAGGAAAUUCAGAACGGUUUUGCUUGUGAAAUGGUGAAAGAGUCUUCAGCUACUGAUGAUGAUGAGAGUUCUCAAAAGGAGGAGUUUGUUGGUGAGAAUACUUGCAAGCAAGAAGAAACUGGUUGCAAUUCUUGGACUGUCAUUGAGCAAGGACUUUUCCUAAAAGGUCUUGAGAUGUUCGGAAAGAAUAGUUGUCUGAUUUCUCGAAACCUUUUGAGUGGAAUGAAAACAUGUUCUGAGGUUUUUCAUUACAUGAAUUAUAUUGAGAGUAAAGGAGCGUGUGGAGUUCAUAAUGGUUCAAAUUCUCUCGCCGAAGGACAUGUAAAGGGCAAUGACUUGCGCACAAGAUCAAGGUUCUUUAGAAGGCGAGGUAGAGUUCGUCGAUUAAAGUAUACCUGGAAAUCUGCUGGAUACCAUUCCAUAAGGAAAAGGAUUACAGAGAGGAAGGAUCAGCCUUGUCGCCAAUAUAAUCCUUGUGGCUGUCAAUCGGCUUGUGGAAAGCAAUGCCCUUGCCUCUUGAAUGGGACAUGCUGUGAAAAAUACUGUGGGUGCCCCAAGAUUUGCAAGAAUCGCUUUCGAGGUUGCCAUUGUGCCAAGAGUCAGUGUAGAAGCCGCCAAUGCCCAUGCUUUGCUGCCGACAGAGAAUGCGAUCCUGAUGUGUGCAGAAACUGUUGGGUUGGUUGUGGUGAUGGCACUUUGGGAGGCCCCAGUCAAAGAGGAGAUAAUUAUGAAUGCCGAAACAUGAAGUUGCUUCUCAAACAACAGCAAAGGGUUCUACUUGGAAGAUCCGAUGUUUCUGGCUGGGGAGCAUUCCUUAAGAAUAGCGUGGGUAAACAUGAAUAUCUUGGUGAGUACACCGGAGAACUGAUAUCUCAUAGAGAAGCAGAUAAACGCGGAAAGAUCUACGACCGCGAGAACUCAUCAUUUCUCUUCAACCUAAAUGACCAGUUUGUUCUUGAUGCGUACCGUAAGGGCGAUAAACUGAAAUUUGCGAACCACUCCCCUGACCCAAACUGCUAUGCUAAAGUCAUAAUGGUAGCAGGAGAUCACAGGGUCGGCAUAUUCGCGAAAGAGAGGAUCAGUGCAGGGGAGGAGCUGUUUUACGACUACCGCUACGAUCCGGACCAUGCCCCUGCAUGGGCUCGAAAGCCCGAAGCAGGCGGCUCCAAGGACGACACACAUCAUUCCAGCGGAAGGGCGAAAAAACUUGCCUGAAUAGUUAGGACUAUGAGCCUUCAUUUUUUUUUGCUUGGGGUCUAAUUUUACCGCAAAAUCAUUGAUUUUAAAGAGUAGAAUCUGGGGCAUUCCCAUUCAUCUUUAGGCUCAUUCAUCUUUCAGCAUCUUAACUCUUAUUAUGAACUUGUACAUUUCCUAACCUCCUUUUCCAUAUCAAGUCCCUGAUUUUGAAUUGUAUUAACUUUUAUAACAAAGUUUCUUGCUGAUGUUCGAAACUUCAAUACAUGCAUUAGCAUGCAAAAAAUUUGAAUGUG